AUGGUGAAAUUCCCGGCGCUCACGCACUACUGGCCCCUGAUCCGGUUCCUGGUGCCCCUCGGCAUCACCAACAUAGCCAUCGACUUCGGGGAGCAGGCCUUGAACCGGGGCAUUGCUGCAGUCAAGGAAGAUGCUGUGGAGAUGCUGGCCAGCUAUGGGCUGGCGUACUCUCUGAUGAAGUUCUUCACGGGGCCCAUGAGUGACUUCAAAAAUGUGGGCCUGGUGUUUGUGAACAGCAAGAGAGAUAGGACCAAAGCCGUGCUGUGCAUGGUGGUGGCCGGUGCCAUCGCUGCUGUCUUCCACACCCUGAUAGCCUACAGUGAUUUAGGGUACUACAUCAUCAACAAGCUACAUCAUGUGGACGAGUCUGUGGGGAGCAAAACACGAAGAGCCUUCCUAUAUCUCGCUGCCUUCCCUUUUAUGGACGCUAUGGCCUGGACCCAUGCUGGCAUUCUCUUAAAACACAAAUACAGUUUCCUGGUGGGCUGCGCCUCCAUCUCAGAUGUCAUAGCUCAGGGCGAUGCAACCAUAAGGAAGAUGCUGAGCUUUUGGUGGCCUCUGGCUCUGAUCCUGGCCACACAGCGAAUCAGUCGGCCCAUUGUCAACCUCUUUGUGUCCAGGGACCUCGGCGGCAGCUCUGCUGCUACAGAGGCAGUGGCAAUUCUGACAGCUACCUACCCCGUGGGUCACAUGCCAUAUGGCUGGUUGACAGGAAUCCGUGCUGUCUAUCCUGCUUUUGACAAGAAUAACCCCAGCAAUAAACUGGCGAACACAAGCAGCACGGUCACCUCGGCCCACAUCAAAAAGUUCACCUUCGUCUGCAUGGCCCUGUCGCUGACGCUCUGUUUCAUAAUGUUCUGGACCCCCAACGUCUCCGAGAAGAUUCUGAUAGACAUCAUUGGGGUAGACUUCGCCUUUGCAGAGCUCUGCGUCAUUCCUCUGCGCAUCUUCUCCUUCUUCCCAGUGCCAGUGACCGUGAGGGCCCAUCUCACUGGAUGGCUGAUGACACCGAAGAAAACCUUUGUCCUGGCGCCUAGCUCCGUGCUGCGAAUCAUUGUCCUCAUCACCAGCCUCGUGGUCCUGCCUUACCUGGGGGUACAUGGAGCCACACUAGGUGUGGGCUCCCUUCUAGCAGGGUUUGUGGGAGAAUCUACCAUGGUUGCCAUUGCAGCGUGCUACGUCUACCGGAAACAGAAGAUGGAGAACCAGUCAGCCACCGAGGGGGAGGACUCAGCAAUGACCGACAUGCCUCCGACAGAGGAGGUGACAGACAUCGUUGAAAUGAGGGAGGAAAAUGAAUGAGCACAGGCCCAGGGGCACUGCAGGGACAGUCAAGACAACAUCAUCUCAUU